AUGGAGCCCUUGACUUUCGGGUUGCGGGUCUCUGCCAGCCAGUGGGGUCUUUGGGGGUUCGGGGCUGGUGCAAGCCAGAAGCAAGCCAAGCGGGAUCAUGGGGCCCCUAACGCUAAGCUGGGAACAGCCCACGGCGGUCUGUCUGCGUGGCAAUCAAGGUGCCCCCAGAAGCUGCCCGGCAGUGGAAGAGCUGUGCUGAAGAACUGGUCCCACUUCCAAUUUAGUUACCCGCUGUUCCAAGCUCCAAGGGGGCUGACCUGCCCACCUCCAAUUGGAGGACAAGGCGAUGGGGGAGGUGGGCACAAAUCGAGCAAGGGAAGAAGGGACAACGCAAUCUCUCUGUGCGAUGGCUCAAACAGGGACGGCCCCCAAUGGCUGGCGAUGCUGCUUCCAUAA